UUUUACAGGGCCGUCACAGAUCCACGCGAUGGCCGUCGCGUCGCACUGAAAAAGCUGCCGAAUGUGUUCCAAUCUCUGGUCUCAUCCAAGCGUGUUUUUCGUGAGCUCAAAAUGCUUUGCUUUUUCAAGCAUGAGAACGUGCUGUCAGCUUUGGACAUUUUACAGCCACCACAUUUGGACUUCUUUCAGGAAAUCUAUGUGAUAACUGAACUGCUGCAAUCGGAUCUGCACAAGAUCAUCGUGUCGCCGCAGCACCUGUCGGCGGAUCACAUCAAGGUCUUUCUCUAUCAGAUACUGCGCGGCCUCAAGUACUUGCACUCGGCCAGGAUACUGCAUCGGGACAUCAAGCCGGGCAAUCUCUUGGUCAACUCCAACUGUGUGCUGAAGAUAUGCGACUUUGGGCUGGCGCGCGUCGAGGAGCCCGACCAGGCCAAGCACAUGACCCAGGAGGUGGUCACACAGUACUAUCGGGCGCCCGAAAUACUUAUGGGCGCUCGCCACUAUUCGUCGGCUGUGGAUGUGUGGUCGGUGGGCUGCAUCUUUGGUGAGCUGCUGGGCCGGCGCAUAUUGUUCCAGGCGCAGAAUCCGGUGCAGCAGCUGGAGCUCAUUACCGAGCUGCUGGGCACGCCCACCAUGGAGGAUAUGCGUCAUGCGUGCGAGGGGGCACGCACACACAUGCUGCGGCGGGCGCCCAAGCCGCCAUCGUUCUCGGUGCUCUACACGCUCAGCUCACAUGCCACGCACGAGGCGGUGCAUCUGCUCUGCCAGAUGCUGGUCUUUGAUCCGGACAAGCGCAUUUCGGUGACAGAUGCACUGGCGCAUCCGUAUCUGGAUGAGGGACGUCUGCGGUAUCAUUCGUGCAUGUGCAAAUGCUGUUUCACUACCUCAGCCGGAAUGCGUCAGUAUACGGCGGACUUUGAGCCCUCCGCCGGGCAGCCCUUCGAUGAUUUAUGGGAGCGCAAGCUCACCUCGGUGCAGCAGGUGAAGGAGGAAAUGCACAAAUUCAUUGCCGAGCAGCUGCAAACGGGCCGCGUGCCGCUCUGCAUUAAUCCGCAGAGUGCGGCCUUCAAGAGCUUUGCCAGCUCCACUGUGGCACAUCCUUCGGAGCUGCCGCCUUCGCCGCAUCAAUGGGAAUGACGGCAAAAUGAGGCGAUUGCUGCCUAAAAUAUCAAAAGCAACACUCAGCAAACAACAACAACAACAACAAC